AGUUGUCCUGCAAGUUGAGAGAAAGUCAACUUAUUGUGUUUUGCAUAGAGAUACAUAGAGAUAUAUAUUUAUUUAUUUUUUUGCUGGGUGAUUAUCACUGAAGGGGACCAUGGUUAUGUUGAAGAUCUCUGCUUUCCUCGUUGCCUACGCGCUGGUCAUUUGCCAGAUGUACUGCUCACAAGCCGCUCCUGCCAGACCGGGUUUAGAGUCCAUGUCAGACCGAGUCACGCUCACGGACUACGAGGCGCGAAGGUUACUCAACGCCAUCGUCAAGGAGUUUGUGCAGAUGACGGCGGAGGAACUGGAGCAGCAGGCAACUGAAGGAAACAGCAGCGUUACAGCACAGAAGCGAGCCUGCAACACGGCAACCUGCGUGACUCACCGCCUGGCGGACUUCCUCAGCCGGUCGGGGGGAAUGGGCAACAGCAACUUCGUCCCCACCAACGUCGGCGCCAAGGCAUUCGGCAGGCGGAGGAGAAACGUCCAGAUGUGAGCACUCCAAAACCUUCAGGAAAAUGAGGUUGAAACCGACAAGAAAACAUCAGAAAACACCUGAGAACAAAAAUCAACAAAAACAAAAUCAAGCAGAAAAUAAACACUGAACUGGCCCUUUAUCCACUCCCUCAUGUUCUUACAGAAAGAAAAAAAAAACAGGCCACAGGACGUCUCGUCCCCAUUUCCAUCCUGUUAGUCAAACCUUUUGCUUUUGGCAAAUAAGAGAAAAAAAGAGAAAAAAAGCACUUUAGUUUAUGUCCACGAACAAAUGAACUCCUGACGAAAGAAAGAAAAAACAUCCCACUGGUUCCUCUUUUUUUAUACAUGAGCAUCAUUGGAAAAUAAAAUGAUAGCAGCAGUGGUUAUCACCUUCUUCUUUCCUCCGCUCACCUCGUUAGAGCACAUUUCCUCCACGAAACCCAGCUCCCCCUCCCCGUUCGAGCUCCAUACUCCUACAUUUUCCACAGUUCCCUUUCUUCCCAGGGGUACCCUGUUUUCCUGUGUGCCAGAGGGACGCCAUUAAAGAUCACCCUACCCAAGGCCCCCCCACAACGGCUGUUGUCUUGUGCCUUGAUGUAGAACAAUUUACAUGAACAUGAUUGUACAGUUCUGUUUCGAGACGAUAAAGAAGACCCGAGCGAGGAUGAAGAGAAUGAAGACAGAUUAAUAUUGUAAACAAUAUUGUGAAAACAAAUUUCAGCAAGAUUAAAAUGUAUUUUAGAUACACUCGGGUUUGGGGUACUUGUGUUGUUCUUCAAAGGUUUUUAAGCAUUUAGGUGUAGAAAGAGGUUGAGCGACUGAGAGGCUGAUUAUAUUAUGAGAAGCUUAUAUUUGUACAUUAAUUGCUGGAAUAUUGAUUUUCGAUGUCCAUAAAUUAUAAAUGAUGAAUCGUAAUUUGUAAUUCAUUGGUUUACCAUUUGACAGUAUUUCCCACUGACAGAUACACACCCACAUCCUGAAAAGUUGGAGCACACAUGUAUAAUUUGGCAAAACACUGAAAAUCAAAUCCAUGUUCAUACGCUCGACUGUUGCUCGGUUUGGGUCACUUUGUAUGCAGCGACAGUCUGCAGGUGUAAACACAUCCGUUUCAUUGGGAGUAUUUUCGGACUCACACC